AUGGGCCGUGCAAAAUCAACAGAAAAGAAUACGAGAGGAAAAUCAAAUAGAACAAAGAGGAAUCUGGGUGGACGUGUUUUCGGUGUAAGGCGUCUGAAUGCUACGUUAGAUACUUUUGAAGACGAUGAACAAGCUUCGACAUCGACAUUGUCUCGAAUUACCGUCUCAGAAACAUCAGAUGAAAGAACACGAUCCACAACAACAUAUACAAAUAAUUCAACAGCAACAAAUUCAUUAAACAGCGAUCAAGAUACUGAACAACAAGAAGAAGGAGAUCUAGAACCACAGCCAAAGCAAGCAUCUAUUUGGAAGCAUUGUAAAAAAUUAGCAGUGAAAAUUAAUAAUGAAAUUGUAAAGAAAGCUAAGUGUAAUUUAUGUACCAAGGAAAUUUUCAGAUCAAAAGUAUCUUAA